GAACAAUACGGCCCCUAUCCGCAAAGCCCCGUACGCACAGACGUCUGGCAAAUAGGCUGCCUCGUCUACUCCCUCAUGCGCAACACCUACGGGAUCCCCAACCCCGGAGAUUCCGGCGCCCUCUCAAACGAAGUAGGAGAAGACGCCGUAUCUAUACUAGACCCAGAAGCCUUCGAUGUCUUGGCUGAGUCGGAGCGCAUCGAUAACGAGACUGGCUACGACUGGCUCUACAGUAUGCGCCUUGAUACUCUCGUCGAUUGGUGUCUAAAUGACGAUGACCGCAAGAGACCGAGCCUGAAGCAGCUAGUGGAGGAGACUACGAGCGGACUUGCUGAUUACGAUGCUGAGUAUGGCGGGCUGAGCACAAAGAAAAGAGAGGAUGUGCCCGAGUGGUUUAGGGUGAAUUGGGGUGAUGAUGAGUUCAAAAUUGGCGCGGUGCUGGGUGCGGAUAAGAGGAAGCAUAGAGGCGGUGAACAUGGAGGCGAAGCGGAUCCGUAUAGCAGUGACGAGGGGGAUGAGUUUGCGCAUUGGGCAGCAGGGGGGCUGCAUGGGUGGGAAAAUGAGCGGCCUAGGAAACGCAGGACCUUGUCGUGAUUGCUGGGAUGGUGGUGAGAGUACGCUUUGGAAUGCAUGGAGAUGUGUGGUUUGUUUCUAAAGUAGGCCGCUUUUCGGCAAGACGGAUGAUUAAUGCGGGAUUGCCAACGAAGAUUUCUUAUGCCUUCGACCGUUCGGCGCUGAAGGAAUGUUGUGCCAGUUCGCCGUUUGCAGCCAACCAGCCGUCUAUCCUUGAAGCGCGAAUAAAGGAGGUGUCUGGAAUGCAACCC